ACAGCUAUUAGGGCAGACGUCCCCCUUCUUCCCACUCUGAUGCAGCCAGGUAACAGGCUCGUGGGCCCAAUGUGACACUAACAAAUAGAUCAUACCAGAAUAUAGGUAGCGGCAGGCUGGAAUAUGGGCAGCACAGUUUCCUUCACAGACAUGCGUGCUGCUGUACAUUUCUGCUUAGUAGUGCAGGCGCCACCCAGGUAACACAGACGUCCCUCUUUUAGUGUUGCUAUUUAAAGAGGAACUGUCACCACAUCUAAACGCACACGUUUCUCUGGCUUUCUUUAUGUGGAGCUCUCUCUCUCUUUCUUCACUGCCUUCUUCCUGUUUGGCUGCAUCAGAGUAGGAAGAAGAGGAAAUACAGGACUCAGGAAGAGCGGACGUCAGAACCUAGAAACUCCGAAACAAGAGUAGGUGACAAGCCUGCUUUGCCGUUGCUAAGGCCAUUGUUUGCGUUCCAGCCUUGAAAGCAUUGCCUCAAAGACCAAACCAUUUGUGUCUCUGUGCGGGGAGGAACACAAUCACCCACAAUUUGUCCUUCUUAUAAAAUAUUUUGGGUACAAACAUCACUGAAUAAUAUAUAACAUAAUGAAAAACCAGCAUCUAAUUGCAGGGGAUUUAUUUGUCUGGUUUAGACUCAAGUGGCAUUAGCAGGGCAGAUGGACCCCCCCCUCUCUCGUUUUGGUUCAGUCCAACUAUGCAGUAAUCUCCGCUGCCCAGGAACCCAGGGAUGAGCUGCGGGACUCGGGUGCUGGAGGCAAGUGGCCAACCGUGGGUCUCUGUACAAGCUCACGUGACAGCCUUGGUGGCCCAGAAUGAUGCCCGUGUAGAGGGAAAGCAGCGCCUCUGUCCUGGACGUUAGCCGAACAGUGAUGCGGGCUGCUCAUUCUUCUUUAAUGACCCUCCCUCCUCCCCUUUGAUGCAGCCGAGAGAGAGAGAGAGAGAGAGAGAGAGAGAGCUGCAGAAACAGCACAGUCAAGCAAGUUUCUGUCCAAGCAGCCUUGUUGUGAUACAGUAUCAAAAUGAUAUGACGGCAGUUCCUUUGUUAUCUGACUACAGAUGAGCUUUGUAUAUCUUGAUACAGACUCCAAGUGACACCAACACUGAGAAUAAUGCCAUCCUUGCCUAAUGAGUCCGAUCACCAAGCAACAUGCAGCCUUUCCAUGCACUCCGAUUUGCCUUAUCAGCCUUCUAGUUCUAUUAAAAGGAAAGCCAGAAAAAAGAAGAAAAAUGGAGCAAUUACUGCUAACGUCGUGGGCACCAAGUAUGAAAUUGUUCGUUUAGUGAUUGAAGAAAUGAUGUUUACUAAGGCUCGGGACGACGACGAGACAGCAAACCUUAUCUGGAGUGAUUGUGCUGUUCAACAUGAGAAAAUUGCAGAGCUCAGGAAUUAUCAACGAAUAAAUCAUUUUCCAGGGAUGGGAGAAAUCUGCAGAAAGGAUUGUCUUGCAAGAAAUAUGACCAAAAUGAUCAAGUGUCAACCUCAUGAAUAUAACUUUAUUCCUCGAACCUGGAUUUUUCCUGCUGAAUACACCCAGUUCCAAACAUAUAUUAAAGAACUAAAGAAGAAAAGGAGACAGAAAACUUUCAUAAUCAAGCCUGCUAAUGGAGCAAUGGGACAUGGAAUAUCACUAACCAGAAACGGAGAAAAACUUCAAGCUCAGGAUCACUUAAUUGUACAGGAAUAUCUUGAGAAACCCUUUCUUCUUGAAAGUUACAAGUUUGAUCUACGGAUUUACAUUCUUGUUACCUCCUGCGACCCUCUAAGAAUAUUUUUAUAUAAUGAUGGACUUGUUAGGAUGGGCACAGAGAAGUAUCAUUCUCCCUCUGAAUCAAAUCUGAGCCAGUUGUACAUGCAUCUGACAAACUAUUCUGUUAACAAGCAUAAUGAAAACUUUGAACGCGAUGAAACGGAGAAUCGAGGCAGCAAGCGCUCCAUCAAAUGGCUUACAGAAUUCCUACGAGCCAACGAUUAUGACAUCAGCAAAUUUUGGAGUGAUAUUUCUGACCUGGUUGUAAAGACGCUGAUAGUUGCAGAGCCUCAUGUUCUUCAUGCGUAUCGCAUGUGUCGGCCUGGGCAGCACCCUACCAGUGAGAGUAUCUGCUUUGAAGUCUUAGGAUUUGACAUCAUUUUGGACAGAAAACUAAAGCCAUGGCUUCUUGAGAUCAAUCGUGCUCCAAGCUUUGGAACAGACCAGAAAAUUGACCACGAUGUUAAAAAGGGCGUUUUGCUAAAUGCUUUAAAGCUUCUCAACAUCAGAGCAAGUGAUAAAAAGAAAAAUUUGGCCAAACAGAAAGCUGAAGCCCAGAAGAGACUUUAUGGUCAGGGCUCCAUGAAGAGGCUGUCACCAGCAUCUUCUGAUUGGGAGAAACAACGCCAUACACUGGAGAGAAGGAAAGAAGAGCUUAAAGAAAGGCUUUCACAAGUACGAAAACAGAUCUCUAGGGAAGAGUAUGAAAACCGACACUUGGGGAAUUACAGGCGCAUUUACCCACCUGAGGAUAAGCUGUUAUUAGAAAAAUAUGAAGGUCUGCUAGCCACUGCCUUCCAGACAUUCCUUGCUGGCAGAGCUGCCUCCCUCCAGCGAGAGAUGAAUAAUCCUUUGAAAAGAAUGAAGGAAGAAGAUAUUUUAGAUCUGCUGGAGCAGUGUGAGUUAGAUGAUGAGAAACUGUCAGGAAAACCUACACGGCCAAAGGAGCCAAGGACACUUUCAUCCAUGCCAGAAAGUACACAUACCUUGAAGAAACUAAAGAAUUACAGCAGCCACAGCAGCAGUAACAGUACUGGCAGCAGCUCUGACACAGAGGAGGAAGAUGAAAAAGAGAGGAAAGAGAAAAAAGUUUCAUAUGAUCUUGAAGAACAUAAGUACAAAUCACUGGAAAGGUCUAGUAGAAUAUACUGGAAACCUCCUCUUAAAGCAGCUAGACCAUUUUCCAACUUAUCUUCUCCCUCAUCUGCUGCUCCUAUGAGACGCUCUGUAAGCUGCCCACGUUCCAUAACCGCAUUAAAUACACAGACGCCAACUACUGACCAGCGACCAUUUUCCUCGAGAAUAUCAUCAACUAUCUCAAGACCUUUAUCAGGCAACAGAACAAAUUCUUUAAAUCGCAGCUCUUCAUCAAACCGAGUGCCUCAGUCCAGUACUUCUGGCAGUGCCUAUCCGUCCAUAAGUGAGUCUAGGUUAGAUCAUUUAACAAAGGAGCAGGAAGAGGAGCUCACAAAGCAGACCUUAUAUGCUCUCCGAGACAUGAGAAUCAGGAUUCCAGGAAAAGGAGUGGAAGAAAUAACACAUUCUCAUCUAGAUGAAAUAAUGGAUAACUGGACAUGCCACAAAUCAAAGGUUGCUUCCUAUUGGUUAAUAAAACUGGAUUCUGUAAAGCAACGGAAGGUUUUGGAUAUUGUCAGAACAAACAUUCGAUCGGUUCUCCAGCGCAUCUGGAAAGUAUCUGACGUGGAAUGCUUGCACAUAUAUCGCAGUUUCAAUCGUGUCUUUAACCGUCUGCUAUGGAAUCACGGCCAAGGCCUGUGGAGCUGUUUCUCUAAUUCAGGUACCUCCUGGGAGACCAUAUUCUGCAAAAGCACAGAGGUUGUGACUCCCCAGCAGUUCCAGUGCUGCCAACGACUAGUUCAGCUUUGCAAAGACUGCUUGCUAGUUGUUUACAAGUAUGCAACAGAUUCAAGAGCAUCAGUGACGGGCAUUAGUCCAGACUGGGAUGACUCAAGGUAUUUAUUUCCUGUAGUGCCACAAUUCACCAUGAAAUCUUCCUCUUCCGGUGUGAGCUGCAGCGCGUCCAGAUUGCCUCGCUCCAGCAUUUUGUUUAACCCUCGACACAACCACUACUGAAUGAAAAACAUCAAAGUGAAGGGCAUUUUGUAUUAAGUAAAAAAAAGCAUUAAAGUUUAUCAUUAAGGGGAUUUACAGUUACAAGCAAGACGUUGCCACUACAGAUCUGAAAAAGUGACUCUACUUCAUUGUUUUUUCUUUAGUGGCUUUAAAAUACAAGAUCUCUGCCGUUGGAGUAAAACAAGAUCUGCUUCAAUCCAGGCCCCCCUCUCUAUUGGGCAGUGCAGAUUCCAAUAAGAAAUGAGCAAGCAUUUCAUUUCCAUUGUCUGCCACUCCACCAGUAGACAGAAGUACUUUCAUGGUUUUUUUUUUAACAGACCAAUAGGAGUGAACAAGCUCCUGUAUUUUAAAACUGCCAUAGAAAAAGUCAUGAAAAUAUCGUAGUGAAAUAAACACAUCUUGUUUCCAACUUCUAAUCCCCUUACCAUACAUGGUGCUAAGCACAGCUAUUAUAUGGCACUGAUAGAAACUCCCUGAAUACUACAGAUGUUCUACAUUGUUCUACCAUGUUUAUAGGAUAUGUCGUUGUCUUGAUCGAGAAUAGGCUAUAGGAAAAUCUUUUUUUUCUGUUAUUUACUUGCAUAGCAUACAAUGUAUAAACAAUUAUGCCUCCCGCCAGUUAGAAUGUUAAUUUAUUUUGCUUGUCUAUCAAACAAUAGUAUUUAUUACAUUAGUAGAUUUUAUAAAGAAAAAAAGUUGAUCUUAGAAAUUUUGUAAGCCUGACAUAGAAAAACAGGCAUAAUAAAAGCAGAAAGUGUAAUUAUUUGAAAGGAUUUGAAAAGACGACAAACAUUGCUAAAAAUAUGUAUCAAAUGAAACAGGUAGUUAGACUGUAUAUUCAGUCGCUCACGUGAGUUCGUCAUGUUUUUCAAUGCCACAAUUUAUCCAAUUCAUAAGAAUGUGCAGCCCAGUGGGUCCCGUAAUAUCUAAGAACAUAUUGAAAAGAAUAUGCCCUUCAAGUGCAUUCAAGGAGUUAUUUCCAGAUCACCUUGAGCUAAAUAUAAUAGUGACAUAGAACAGUAUAUUCACAGGAGCUACGCAUUUUAUAUACAAUUUCAUUUUUUUAUGCUUCCCAAAACUUUUCAAUUCCCAUUCAUAUACUAAUCAAUAUUGAUGGGGUAGAAUGAAAGGGCCUGUCUGACUGAUAUCUGUCUGAAAAUCGGUCAGACAACAAUUGCGAUAUUGUUUGAAAAAACAGUUGGAUUAAGAGCGCAUGGACCAUAAGCCCCACUUCAUGAUCUUAACAUUGGCCCUAGAUCAAUUUGGUCCAGCUCUUUGGUGGUCAAAUCAGUUUCAGAUCCACUCAUUUGGCAACCUUUCAAAGGAGUAGAUAUGGUCCUGUAUGGCCAGCUUAAAGCAGCAAUCUGAGUCAUAACAUUAUAGAUGCCAUGGUACACAUAGAAAGGGUACACUUUAUUACUAAUAAUUAUUUCUUUAGCAGUAAAUAAAGGGCCCCUGUGCAUAUUGCAUCCCUAAAUUCUUUUUUCUGGGGUUGUCUGCAUUCUACAGCUCAUUUUAGCACACAAGUGCAAAUGAUACUUGGGUCCAUACAUGCUUCUGUGCAACUUAAACCUACUCUGAUGAAUUGAGGGCAAUGGUUCACAUUUAUGCAAGGGAAUCUUGGUAUUACUUGCAGUCCCUAUUCACCAGCAAUUCCAGUGGGUUGCUUCAAUAGCUGCAACUGAUUUGUGCUGAGCAAAUUUGACUCUUAUACCAUUGACACACCAGAAGUGACUCAAUUCCCUCACGAAUGCAGAAAAAAUGUGUUGAAACUUGUAUCCAUAUUUGUGCAUAAUGCACAAAUUGUGGGGGAAGCUACUUAGCUAGCACCCUGUAUUAUGCUCAGAAAACACUGUAUUGCAAAUGGUGAAUUGUAUCAGAGUUUGCUUAUUGCACUACAUUCUCCUCCUAACCACAUGUAGCCCCUUUCAUGGUAGACAAAAGGAAAAAUGCAGCUGGCUCUAAUCCCUCUUACAACAUCUUAAAAAUUGUCUAAAGCACAAAACAAUUUUAUGUGCUCAAAAUUCUGUAGUGUCAAACGUGAAUGCAGAACUAUAGCUCACCAAAUGGGAGAGUUGACCUGGGUGUGGAAACCCCAGGUCCGACACUUGGGAUUAAUCAGUUCAAUUAGACUUUAUGUGCAUUGAAGUCAGCAAUAAUCGCACUCACCAAAUCCAGCAAAUGGCCCGGGUGCCGUGCCCCGAACCCGUAGUUUAGGCGAUAUCUUAAUCAAUGAAUGUACACACACUUCUGCAGCCAGCUGGUGAUUUUGAAAAGAAGCUUUAUUCCAUAUUGUUAAAAGCUACACAUCCUAACGCGUUUCGUAUCGAAGGAUACGUAAUCAUAGGCACACCUUUCAUGGUAGGCACAGGUGUGUACAGUCUGGUGCAAUACUUUUGCACUUCAUACUGGAGGGGCAAACAGUUGCACCAGACAUUGGUGGUAAAGAAGGCAAGUAAAGUGCUUUGUGUUCGUUCUUUGCUCUUUGUCUUCUUUUAUAAACAAGCCCUAUUGCUUUCAACUGUAAACACAACUCUAGCUUUACUGUGUCUAAAAGAAUCAUGAUCAUAAAAGCCUAAUAUGGUUAUUUUUGGAUUAAGUAAUUUUCAUUACAGUGCAUUAAUUAUGCCACAAGUUAUAAUAGAAGGUGACUGGCUUGGUGGUGAGGAUGGAAAUGUGUACUUCAUUGCAUUUGGGACUCAAUAACGAGUAUUUAAAUGAGAUGUUGGCCAGGCAGAUUUAUAAUGCAUUCUGGGACACGAAGUGCCAGUAAUUAAGAACAAAGACAUUUCCCAGCAAAGCCUUAAAAAAUUAAAUUAGCUGCUUUUUUAUUCUAGAACAUUAUUGUUUGAUUAUUUAAUCAAAGAAAGUUCCUUUAUUUACUGUGACGUGUGUGUGCUGCCCUAAAAAGGGCCAAACACUGCAGAGAAGAUCUAAAAUCAGGGAUGUCAAACUAUUACUCAAUGUGCUGUGAACUACAAUUCCCACCAUCCCCCAAGAGCCAAAGGAUGGGUGUUGUAGUGCACAGCAGUGAAACUGUUACCUCUCUGUAUUAAAUGAUAUAUCAGCUUUGUUAAUUAUUCUUUCAACCAUUAUCUUAUGAGUUUUGUCCUUUUUUUAAUGUACAUAUUUAUUUAGCUAAAAAGAUUAAAAUAUUUAGUCAAUGCA